CCUUUUUAAACGCUACCUGUAACGGAAUACAGUUACUCAUAUUUUGUAUUUUAAAUACGUAACCGCGGUACAUGUAUUCCGUUACUCCCCAACACUGCACACUUGUACCAUCAGAUCGAGUCUUUGUGCUGUUCGGCUUCUUGAAUUCGUCAGUUCACAUUUGAACUUUCACACAGUCAUAAACCACAUUCCUGGUUUUCUUUGCUUUUUUAUGUGUUACAUGAAACAUUGCAGAACAAAUAUCCACAGUUUCAGGUUCAUUUCCUGUCUGAUCAGAUAGUGGCAACAAAGAAGGAGGUCUGACGGCGAUCUGUCGAAACGUGGCACUCAGACUUCUGCUUUUUGGUUUUUACUCCUCUGGGAAAAAAAGGUUUCACAGAGAGUUUCAUCCAAGAUAAAAUGAUUUAUUCGGAUCCUGUAGCUGCCAAGUGUCACACAGACGAUCUCUGAUGGGAAAAAGAAAUCUGUGAGUCGCAGUAAACUGCACUCGGACAGUAACGUGAACAUAACCAUCGAUAACAUGUGACCAGAAGCCACAGCGAGAGUCAGAGUGGCGUCUGAAAGAGGAAACGGCACCACAGUCUGCAAUCUGGUAUCAGAGCUGCUAUCACUGUUUAUGAGAACAUUACUGGAGCUUGUAGUUGGAGUGACUUACAGCCAAAUGGUGCUUUAUCAGGAUGCGGUGCCCGAGUAUCCACUGAUGGACUGAACAUCCUGCAGACACUGAUCGAGUCUCACCAAAGCUUUUUGUUCUCCCUGCGGGACGCGAUGGAGUUUCUGCUCCUGAUCUUUCUCUUUCUCCUUGCACCUCUGCUGCUGCCAGCCUGGUGCCAAACCAUCAAUGGAAGCAUUGGAGAGACGCUCCUUUGGCCGUGCAUGCACAAACUUACUAAGAGGUUUGUCCGUGAGCAAACUUACAUCUACUGGCAGGGGAUGGACGGCAGCAGCAACCCCACUGUGGCCCACGUCUAUGUGAAGGGAGAAGAAGACUUUCUUUAUCAAAGCUCAUCCUUUCAGAACAGGACUGCAAUCUUCCUUUCUCAAUUAGAGGAUGGAAAUUUCUCUCUCCUGAUUAGAAACCUGAUGCUGGACCACGAUGGGACCUUCAUUGAAGUUGUUUUUAUUUCAGAUGACUCAAAGGAGAAUAUCUGUCAGAAGACCCUGCAUGUAGCAGCGGUCUUCCAGGAACCAAACAUCGAGCUAAGCCAGGCCUCAGCAACCUGCAGCACGGCGGGGGGCUAUCCUGAACCUGAGGUGACGUGGCUCUCCACAGACGACCAGGGGAAUGAAACCAUCCUGGAGCCACUGGAAGUAAAGACUGAUAAUAACACCAGGAAUGGAACAUUCAGCGUCUUCAGCAAAGCCAACAUCAGCGGAUUAAAAACUGUAACGUGCAGAAUUUGUAAUCCCACCUCGGGCGAAUGUCGGACAACAACUAAAGAUGUCUCACGUGCCGGGACUUUUAUUACAGGUGGCAUCGCUGUCAUCGUCAUCAUUACCGUCAUCGUGGCGAUUAUCAGCAUCGCUCUUUGUGUGUUCUGUCAAUUAAAUGGAAGAAGAACCUCCACAGGAUGAAGGUCUUUCUGUUUGACUGUGGACGUUAGAGGAACUCACAUUUUUGGACAUGAACACCAACGUGAACGCGGAUGCUGGAGCCUUAUUUUUUUAUUUAUCGUCUCUUAUUGACAGUAUGACAUCUUAAUGAACACUGACAGGUCCGGCUCCACACUGAGCAGGACGCCGGGUCCUUCUGAAUCAGCUGACUCUCUUUUUACCAUAACUUUAGAGGAGUAAUAAGAGAAGCCACGCAACACUUUACUUCAUGCUAUAAAUUUUUAAAGUGGCAGAUUGCAGCCGACUUGUUUUCUGUCAGGAGUCGUUGGGAGAAUGGAGCAGGAAGCAUGAUCAGGAGGAGGAAGGACCGCCCACCGUGCGCUCGGCUGUUUGUUUGGACUGAAACAGGAAGUGAUCGGGUUUUGGAAGCGGUCUGCUGGGACUGAGUAAUAAAGACUGGACUGCGCAGUGACCAACAUCCAUGUUAUGACUGUUUCUGCAGGACACGUCCUUUUCUAAAGUCCGCCCUUUACCCAGAGUUUAUGACUGACAUCUUCUUAUUACAGCCAGAAGAAAGUCGGCCCGUCUAAUGCUGUGCUUCCCGUAUUAGUCAUUAGCAGUGUUGGACAAGUUACUUUGAAAAAAUAAUUAAUUAUAGUUACUAGUUACUUCUUCAAAAAAGUAACUGACUUAGUAACUGAG